GUAGAAUCUGUAUUGAUGUAUUUUUGUCUCCAAAGAGCUGCAGAAUGGAAACUCGAUCAACCAGCUUGGAGUGGGCGAAUGAGAAUUACAGCUAAAGGGAACAUAGCUUACAUUAAGCUGGAAGAUAAAACAUCAGGGGAGCUUUUUGCCCAGGCUCCUGUCGAGCAGUACCCAGGAAUUUCUGUUGAGAGUGUCGUUGACUCCAGUCGAUAUUUUGUAAUUCGUAUCCAGGAUGGGACUGGGAGACAUGCCUUUAUUGGAAUUGGAUUUGCAGACCGUGGAGAUUCCUUUGAUUUUAAUGUAGCCCUUCAAGAUCAUUUCAAAUGGGUGAAACAAGAAGGGGAAAUUGCUAAGCAAGCACAGACUGGUCCGGAUACAGGACCAAAAUUGGAUUUAGGGUUCAAGGAUGGUCAGACCAUCAAAAUUAACAUUGGGAAUAUAAAGAAAAAGGACAUGCCUACUGGAGCAGUAAAAUCACGUCCAACUGGGAGUGGCCUCUUGCCACCUCCACCAGGAAGCAAGGGAGGAGUAACCCCUCCAACACUCAUCCAGCCUCCCUUGCUUACACCACCUCCUGUAUUGCAGUCAGGACAGAACUCUAAUACUGACUUGCUGUUUGACCUCAGUGCCCCAGCUCCUAUAAACAGUGGAGCAUCUGGUGAUCUAUGGGGAGACUUUGCUGCUGCACCAAACUCUGAAAAGCGGGUGUCUCAGGGUUCAGAAUGGGUUCAGUUUUAACCCACUUUGGGUUGCAGUUUUCUCCUUGACAUUCCAAAGAUUGUGGUGCCUGUUUGCUGUGGGACUGGCAUUUUCACUACCAAGAAUACCGAGGAACUGUUGGUGAAUAUGCAAGAAGGACCUUGAAAUGCAAAGGAUGUUUCUCACUUAACAUUUUUAAUUUUUUUUUUUUCAUUAUCAAAACUAGAACUAAGCUAAACCAAAAUGUCUAAACCUGUCCAUGUGAAACUUUAAUUAUUGGUUUUCAGUCCCGGUCUACUGAGGGGUCAUUGUUUUCAGUUUUAUUAAUGACUACAUAAUCUUUUAUCCCUGCUAUUUGUGGAUUAUACUGACUUUCACUUGACCUUGCUGACUUCCUUUCUAGAAGAACUUAAAAAAUGGACCGACUGUAACCUUAGUGCCUUAUACGUGUUGACUUUUUGGAAUUUGAUCCAGCUUCCUUUGUCAGUGUGAAGUUUAACAGGUUUCAUUUUGCUUCAGUACUGAAACUGUGAAACACUCAACCCUGACAAGGAGUUUUGGGCCUGUUCUUUAGUUUGGAUGCCAGCUGUACUUUGACCAGGACCUGAUCAAGAAAAAUAAUCUUGAAAGCAAGGGUUUAAGUUUGUUUUUGCCACUCCUUAGAGAGAGCCUUCACAUUAAAGUUAAUUUUUAUUUGACACCAGUACUUAAAGCUUUUCAGUUGCUCAGUUAGAGUCAAAUCUGUAGGUUGUCUCCAUUUUGCACUUUAGCAGUCGGCGGCAUCUUGCAACUGAUUCCACUCCACCUGUUGACAGUGCCAAGCCUGUCAGUUACCGCUGCUAUGGUUGUGUAACACAGGGAAAUGUUGGCUGCAUUUCCUAUGUCAUGCCCCAUUAACACGUCUUCCUCAGCCACAUCAAGUCACAGUGACUCAGAAGAACACGUCAUAGGCUUGUUUGCCCCAUUUUAUUAGAGUUCUAUAUAAUGCUUUGCUGCUGUUUGCUUUGGCACAUCAUUUAUAAUUAUUGAGCUCAACGUGAAUUUAAAUCUCUUCAGCUGAAGUACUAAUUGCAGUGUCUGGAUUCUGGUUUCUUUAAAUUAUUAGACAAGUUGCUUUUGACAUCAGGCACGAGAUAUUUACAUUACAACAAAGGGAAUUUGAGUGGAAAGUAAACAUGGCCAUUACUUGGUAUCUCACAAUUGCCUAAGGAUUUGUGUAUUGUUUAUCUCCCUGUAAAAAUUAGGCAGAGAGUUUGUGCCAUGCGUCCUCGUCAUCUCACAGACGUUUACACUUAAACACAAGCAAAUGACAAACCUUCAGAUUUUAGGAAGAAGAGCACAGCUUGAUUGUCAGGAGAUAAGACACUGAGAAAGAGAGCAUUUUGCAGAAAACUGGUUUUUUUUUCAAAAUCCCUAGCUAUCUCCAGUAAAUUCUUUAGAUUUUCCAAUUUAAGCACAUGUUGGCACUUGAUUGAAAUGGUAGUCACAGUUGAGAGUUUUUUAACAGUUAGAAACUCUUCCUCAGUUUGCGAAGUAGCCGCUUACUGUUUUAUACCACACCUUAUUUUAUUGGCAAGUUAGAUGUAUGACUUGGCAACUGUGCAUCAUAGAUGCAACACACAGACUUGUAUUUUUGAAUCCGGAAUCAACAUUUGUCUUUUAAAUCGCAUGUUCUCACUCUGCAGAUUCUGAUUUUAUUGGGGGCAAACUGGUCCUUGUGUCAUUCAAGAAUAUAUUAGAGGAUGUAAAUGUAAUAGUAGGAACUUUUAAGUCAAUAUGAUUUUGAACACUGGGACAGUAUACAAUGGUGCCUUUUUUCUUUGUUCAGCAUCUUUGCACUGCAGUGUUUUAUAAUCUUGUACUCCUUUUUCUCUAGACGUUUUUAAAAUUAUUGUCUGUGUGCAUCUGCUAUCUGCUUCUCUACUAUUAGCACCUUUGUUUAUGGUGAAGGUCAAGAAUACCUGUUUCUGUUUGCCCAUUAAGCUUGUGUGAGUUUCUGGAGUGAGGCUGCCAGUAAUUGGUUGAGAGAUGACUUUUCAAGCCUUGCUUGGUCUCUUGUCGAUCAUGUCCUUUGAAAGCCUCCACACUAUUGUGUUGGCCCAUAGUGCAUGCUGCCAUUCUGUACUUUGGAAGAUUACACAAUAUAUUUGAACCCACCAAGAAAAUUCAAGUCCUUGACAGGACUGUAAAUUGUAAGCACAUCAUUUACCAAUCAAAGGCUUUUUAGUAAGUUUGCUGUUCUUAUAAAACCUUUUUUUUUUUUUUUUUACAUUUUAUAUGUGCAGGGAAAACUGAGGUGGAACUGGGAUCUAGAUGAGUUUUAGUUUCUCCUGAAAUGUGUUAUUAUCGAAAAUUUGUAAAUGCUUAUAAACUGUUGCUUUGCUUGUUAACAAGUGUUUUCUUUAAAGGGACGAUAUCUGUUGGGUUGGCAGCAACAUUUGAGGUCAUUUUUAUGCAUUUUAGCUUUGUUUUUAAUUGUUCACAAUGUGCCUUUUAUAAUCUUUUACCAGCACCUGAAUGUAAUAACAAUGAUUUGUAAAUAAAGUUGGUCUAUUUGUCUAUCCUGUA